AAUUUCUGGAGGGCUUUUCUUAAUUAUUUCUACACAUCAUUCUGAAAUGUUUGAGGGCACUCAUUAUUGAGCGGAGGCGAAUUAUAUAUCUUUUAGGCUUAAAAGAUUCUGAGGGCUGAUAAUCAAGUCUCCUUGACGUUGGUGAGUGCGGGGGCUCUAAGGGAUAACUGCGUGUUUACCAUCCGUUAUUCCUUUUCAAGGUAAGCGACAUUCUCUGUUAUCAUUAAUAUGAGAAAAAAUGUUGUUCUCUAUGAUAAUACAAAGAUAAUGGAAUGUACUUUCUCCGUGUAUUGAUGCAUUAAAUAUAAAAUUCAAAGCGUUUACGCCUAAACAUACGGUGCAAAAUAUUGUAUUGAGGACUUUAAACGAGCCAACUCUCAUCUUUUACCAAAGCACCCUAAAUUUUUCAUCACAGCUUGGCACAUGCAUGUAGCUGGAAAAUGACAAAUAUUGAUAAAACAAUCAUUUCAAAAGCUUUUCAGUCCUCUUUCAGGGCGCAACUCUAAACUGAUAAAGGAAUGAGACUACAUCCAACUGGGAAAGAAAAAGUCUGUUAUGUUUAUGAAUAAGAUUCCAACCUUAUUAUAUUUGCUUUCUCGAAUGGAACUGAAUAAAAAAAAUGAAACUAAAAAAAUUAAAAACAAACUGCAUUCAAACAAAUAAUUGACAAGAUGAUUUCUUUACCUCUAGAGAACAACUUAGAGAGUCGUGUAAACGGUACAGAAAUCAUGUGAAGAGUUCGGACGUGGUUAACGUUAAAGAAAGAGUCGAAAUACUAGAGUUAGAAUAGAACCGAUAUGUUAUCUCCUUUAUAUUGGUUUUUAGAUACCGAAACGAGUACAAUGAACGGCAGUUUUGUUUCCCAUAGGACAUGCCUUUUAGAUCUCUCUGUGUGCACGCCCCGCGUGCUCGAGUCUGGGACAUUUCGAUUAGCUUGAAUUGUGUGGUAAUAAAGUAUGCAAAGAACCAAUACUGCAGGAUUCGUUACCGUGGCCUCUGAGAAAAAAUGAACUAGUUUAUUGAACAAGCGGCACUGAAAGACGAAAAGAGAAUUUCAAUUGAUAGUCUCUUGGAAGUAUUAUAUACUAUAGGGCGUAGUUUUACUGUUUGGAUCUAUUUUCCACUUUUGAAUACUGAACUGUUCUGUUAAUAAGUAAAGAAAACGCAGAGACACACAUUCUUAGACUUAUUUCUUUCCCGAAAAAUGUGGAUUAUUAACAGCAAUUAUGGAUUGUUUUUGGUGAAUUUUCAAGCAACAAAUUUUAAUCAAAAUUUGCAUAUACUAUGAUUGUUAUGUCUUGAAUUUUUUUGAAAGACACCUCUUUUUUUUCCUUUAAAGGUAGACUGUCGUUAGGCAGGAAUAUAACAUCUUUUGGGGAAUGAUCCUCGAUAUUUUCAAAUUCAAUAAAAGCGAAGAGGUAUGUAUUGGCUGUUCCGAAAUUUGAGAUUCCUUUUCCUCGCUUCUACCAUGGAGUUUGUCACAGCUAAUGAUCAAUGCAGGACAGAAGUAAACAUACAAGGAAUGGCUCUCAAACGCUCUGUCUUUAGAAGAUGGUCAGUGGCGGCUCCUCACCUUUGUGAUGUCAAAUGUGGACAAGAGAUCGCGUGCCAAAGUUAUAACUACAAUCGAAAAUACCAAAUAUGUGAACUAAAUAACCGCACCAAGGAGGCGAGACCAGAGAAUCUCCUUUCAGCCCCCUCGUGGUUUUACAUCAGGCGAUUGAACGGCAGAGGUAAGAAGUCAGAAGUCUAUGUGUCUCGCUGAUUUUUGUUUCUCUAGAUUUUCUUCAUACUUUGCCAAUCUUUUUCUCUCUCACCUAUAAUUGAGAAAUAAGAGUAGGAAUAAAACAUAACUCCUAUUUUUACUGCAGCUCCUUUAGGUUCUAUCCCCGAAUUACCAGCGAUAUCCUGUCUCGAAAUAAAGGCGAGUGAAGUAAAAAAAACCAUUAGCGGGAAGUACUGGCUGGAUCCAACAGGCACAGGGAAGGCGAUAUUGAUUAACUGUGAUAUGGCUAGCGGGGGUAGGUCUUUUUCUUUUACGAGUUAACUUAAUUUUACCGCAAAAUUAUAGUAAUGUUAUUUUUAUUGUUAUCACUAUGAUUUGUUUGUUUAAUAUCAGUUUUAGCGUGGAUACCCUUUUUACUUCGUUUUACUUUAAUCAUUGCUUUCAUUCUAAAUUCUAGAUAUGGAUGAAUGUAAAUAUAACAUCAGUGACUGCCAUGUGAAUGCAAACUGCACUAAUACGUACAGUUCUUACAAAUGCACAUGUAAAGCUGGAUACACUGGCGAUGGACACUCAUGUUCAGGUACAGUUAAUUUUCCUCACCCAAGAUGACCAUGAAUGUGUUUCUCCAUUAACUGUUUUAGCUCACCUCUAUGCGAGGUUUCCUCAUGAUACUGAGUUCAGCUACAGAUUAAAGCAGAAUUUAUAGUUUUGACGUAGUUAAUAAAUGCAGGAAUAAGCACAAGCACUUGCAUCGGAGGCAAAGGAAACAUGUUUAACACUGUGUUAAUACGAAAUACGAAAUAAACCAAAGAAAGUUAUCGUUAACAUCAUUGCCAAAAAAUUGCCAUCAUCAUCCACCAUCAUCCUCGUCACCAUCACUUUGACCAUCAUCAUUACGAACACUUUUGUUUACAUAUAUCGAUGAAUGCAGCGAGAAAAUCCAUGUUUGUGAUGUGAAUGCAAAGUGCACUAAUACUAAUGGCUCUCAUAACUGCACUCGAACGGAUGGAUUAUUACUGGAAUUUCCAAUUCUUUAAAGUUCAAAGAAUCGGCUGAUCACUGCAUAAGAAUAUACUUCUGCUCCUCGCGCAACUGCAGUUGUAAGGAAUGAUCGAUUGAGGAACGAUCAAUGUUAAGAAUAGCUUAAACAUCUGAAGCAAAAAAUUGUUCAUAAAAGUGGAAAUUGUGGGUUCCCAUUUUUUUUUUUUUCGUUACAUGCACAGUAUUUAAUUAGUGAAAGAUAUGACUGCAACAGAAGUACUAGUUAGGUGACAGCUGAGUGAUACUUGAGCCCAAUUUUUCUUCUGCCCUUUUUUUUUUCUUUCUAUUUAAUUUCCUUUUUUACAUCACAUGUACUUCUAGAUAUCGAUGAAUGCAGCAAUGGAGGUCAUGCUUGUGAUGAGAAUGCAAAUUGCACCAACACCAAAGGCUCUCACUUUUGUGCCUGUAAGGAGGGAUAUACUGGGACCGGAAAGUCAUGCCAAGGUACAUUAUUAAAUUAGCAUACGAACUUUAGCGCAUUUCCGACUGUUACCGACAAAGCAAGUAGGCCCGCAGUUGCACGCCACGUUAGAUUAGCUCUAGCAUCAGACAGAAUCAUUUGGCACAAGUAAGCCAUGCUUAUUCCCGUGGAUAGCGCCCCCAUCUCCAGUUUCUAUUUUGUAAAUCAGAAACCUUUAUUCUAUUUUUUAUAAUAUAUUUCGGGCUGUUACACUACUAAGAAAGUAAGAGUCUUUAAGUGAAUUUUAGCGGCAAAAUAGUUUCUCACGAAGUUUCGACCAAACUUCGGUCAUUUACAAUUGAAUAAUAACAAGUCACAAUGAAUAAUUGGUGACAUCGACACCAUUGUAUUGACCCUUUCACUCCCAAAAUCACAUGAGUAUUUCUCCUUACUGUCUGCCAUAGAAUUUGUAGGAUGCUAGCACUGUGAAUUUGGUAGUGAAUCAACUAAUACUCCCCUAAAGGAUAUUUUUCUUCACUCUCAUCACUUGUCUGUUUGAUAUAUUAUUGAUUUGGUAAGGAGAAAUUCUGUCUUGGUCACUCACGGGAGUUAAAGGGUUAAAUAAAUAUUCAGUGGUAAAAAUCUCAACUGGCAAUUGGAGACUUGAUGGAAUUAGGCUUACAGGACAGAACAACAGAUUUGAACUUGGGGGAACCGAGAAAUAAAAUCUGGUGAGUGGCAAUAUGAAGUGCUUGCGUCUACAAACACAAGGCAGAAAGAAUCAGGUAUCUAAGCUUAUGCUCGGCAAAUUUUGAUUUAUUUAUGAUUUUACAGAUAUUUACGAGUGUAAAGGAAAUCACUCUUGUCACUUAAAUGCUACCUGCACAAACAUCCUUGGAUCACAUGUAUGUGAAUGUAACCCUGGAUAUACUGGAAAUGGACGAAACUGCACAGGUGAAUUUAAUUUCCUCGCUACAUGUAUUCUGUACUUAGAGUAGUCCUGCAUGACACGUUGGACUACAGCACCGCACCAUUCAGCCGCGUUGCAGGAAAAUUAGAUAAUUAUUACCCAUAACUCGUUUUAAUUUGAGGUUACAUCCCACCUUCAGAUGCCGAAAAAAUCAAUUUUUCUUUUAUUUAGAAAAGCGUACUUUCGAAUAAAAGUUAAUGAAUAAGGAAGUUGUCAUAAUCUCGGACCUAAGCGAAUCCUCUGGGGGAACUUUCGCGGCAACCGCUCAUGUUGAGGCUCGAUUUUCAUGUUAUUUCCAUAUUUUGUUUGCAUCGUGCACUUUACAAAUUUCACAUAUGAAAGCUUCUUUCUUAAGGAAAGAUCAUGGCUCGUGGAAAAUCAUGAGCGGAAGAAAGUCGUUUUUUUUCGUUUAUCUCACAAUGUAGUCAUGUGUGAUGUAGAUCGCGACGUUUCGGCUGCAUACUGCUAGUCUUCUUCAGGCGACGAGGUCGACUGGUCAUACGUGAUCUUAUAAGACAUGAUGCUCCGCUGUGAUAAGUUAUUUUUCAACAGCUCUGAUUGGUGCAUUUCGAUUCCUGCUGUUUCACUCAGUGAUUUGCUCCCUCGGCGGUCCGCUGUCGCACGGCUCUCCUGUUGUUGUGUUUUUUGAUCGUGGGCAUCCACGCUUCUGGAAUUUCUAUUCCACCAUCCCUUUUGAUGUUGUUAGGGUGAAGUCCUAUAUAAGUUGCUUCUUUGACGUAAGACAAACGAAAAAAACUUAGCUUUUAUUGUCAUUCAUCACGGUGAAUAACCACAACAUUUUUUACGAAACUCUUUACAAUGCUAUCAUUUCAUUUUAGUUCCUUUGUGCAUCAUCAUCGUCCAACGCAAAUUCUUCUUUAAAAUUUACUGAAUGCAUAGUUGUUCUUGGAAAACACAAGUCCUGUCUGCUUGUUGUCCGACUGAUUGACUGGAAAAAUGUUUGCAAAAAUAUGUUAUCUUUAAUACUAUAGUCUUUUUGUAAUGUCCAUUAAAUUUAAUAGCCGACCCAUGUUAUUAUUAUUAAAACCUGGGUGAUGCCAAUAGAAAGAGUAGUUACGGUACACAGCAUGAAUUUGGUCUAGUGUUCUGUGACGACUUACUCCCCGGGGGAUGGUAUCGUUUUGUAGGAGCUACAGGAAAAGCCAGUUUUCUAGAGCCGUCAGCUUGAUAAAUUGAAAAAUUCCUGAUGAAAUAUACGUUUCAAAUGUCUAACUCGUGAAACAAAAAUAGAGACAUAAAUUUGUUUUCUCAUAUAUAAUAACCAAAUAAAUUACACGACUGAGAGUCCGCCCAUUUUAAAGUGACAAACAUGACAAAGUGCAUAUAUAUAUUUUAUAUAUGGUUUCUCAGAUAUUGACGAAUGUAAAGGAAAUCACUCUUGUCACGUGAAUGCUACCUGCACGAACACCAACGGAUCCUUUGUGUGUGAAUGCCAGCCUGGAUUUAAUGGAAAUGGUCAAAACUGCACAGGUGAAUUUAAUCUUUUUGGUAUAAUAUUUAGAAUACUCUCGCUCGAAUCUCUGAGAUGGCCACUGUCGGCCAUAUUAUUAGUUUGUCAUAUGUCAACGAUACUGGCUGUACCUUAGGUCUGCCUAGAGCUGUCCUUUAAUGCCCUGUCUGAGAAGGAAGGAGCUCAAAUUCGGAUCAUUUUGAAUUUAUUUGGAUCUUUAAUAUCACUGUUUUAGCUUUUUUGAGUGAUAAUAUCCUACGCAUGUACUACUUGGCCCCUUAAUUAAUAUAAAAUCGUUAUAAGACGUUAGAAAAGAUCUUGAACCAUUGAUGUUAAAAACCUACGCCCUGUUGCAAUUAUUAUUUCACUUUGUAGCCGAUCCUUGCUAUCAUUAUAAAAACUUGAGUGAUGUCAAUAGAAAGAUAAGUUACGCAACACCUCUCGGUUCAGAGUUGUGUGACACCCAACUCCCUUUGGGAUGGUAUCGUUUUGUGGGAGCUGCAGGAACAAAAAUGCCAACAAAACGCGUGCCAGCAUUUAGAUGUGGUACAGACUGGUCAGGCUGGUUGGAUGGUGCUCAUCCUACAGUGGAAGAUGGUGAAGUUAAAAGGACGGUCUGCUUUAGUGACCGUUCUUCAGGUUGCAAAGCCACAAUCCGCAUUAAUGUGAAGAAAUGCUCAUCCUACUAUAUCUACAAACUUGUUCAGCCGCCGAGUUGUAUGUCGCGCUUCUGUAGCAAAGACUAAAUAUGCUG